UUGAAAUUGUCUUUAGCAAUGAUCAAACAAAGAAAUUGUCAAACUUAGCAGAAAUUUAGUCAUAUUCAGAUCACUAGAUCUUUCAAAUAAUGUGAUUCUGACCAACUUUAUUAUCAUGCAUGGAUAGUUCAUUCUUUUCAAACCCAAACUCACAAAACCUUAAACUCAUCAGGAACAUUAUCAUCAUUAGCAACAAAACUUGAGGCAAGUUCUGCUACCACUUUGUAAUGAAUUAUCAUCAUCAUCGUCAUCAUUAUUUCGCGAUCAUCUAUGCUUUGUCUACUGUUCUAUUACUAUCUUUCCCUUGCUUGAUCAAGGCGCAACAACCUUACAUUCGAAAGGCCAUCACACCUUGUGAAGUUUCUGAUAACUCAACCACAAACCUUGGCUACAUUUACAAUGGUAUCACCCCAACUUGCCAAGCUUACCUCACUUUCAGGUCUCAGCCUCCACUUUUCAACUCUGUUUCCACCAUUUCGAGUUUAUUGUCUGUUAAUCCGUCUCAGCUAGCGCAACUGAAUUCAGUUUCAGAGGAUGAAACCUUUGUACAAGACAAAAUGGUUCUUGUUCCUGUAAACUGCUCGCGCUCUGCCUCGGGCCAGUACUAUCAAGCCAGCAUUUCAUAUGUUGUCCGGCCAAUUGAUGGCUUUUUUGUCAUUGCUAACAAUACUUUAGAAGGGCUGUCAACGUGUCAAGCUAUCGAGGCUCAGAAUAAUGUGAGUUCCACUGAAUUGGAUGUUGGUAUGAGAAUUGAAGUUCCUUUGAGGUGUGCUUGUCCAACUCAGAGUCAGAGUGAUGGUGGUGUCAAGUAUUUGCUUAGUUAUUUGGUUACUUUUGGCCAAACUGUUGAUAUUAUCAGCAGAGGAUUUGGAGUGGAAACUAGUAGGAUUUUGGAAGCUAAUGGGCUAUCAGAAGGAGACACUGUAUAUCCAUUCACUACCCUUUUAAUUCCUUUACAAAAUCCACCUACAACUUCUCAAGUUACAGGGCCAGAUACUUCACCGCCACCUCCUCCAAGUCCACCGCUUUCUCCACCAGGUAAAAGCUCCAGCAAAGCAUGGAUAUAUGCUGUAGCUGGAGUUCUUGGAGGCCUUGCUUUGUUAUCAGUUAUAGGAGUCACUAUUUUCUGUUUAUUUUUCCGCAAAAGUAAGAAGCAGUUGAACUCUGGAAUCGUCUCAGAUAGUUAUAAGGCUCGUGAGAAAACAACAGACAAGAAGUUGGAAGUUGAAGAUUCUGAUUUCUUUGACAGUGUGUCUAGUAUAGCAGAAUCUCUCAAAGUGUAUAGUUUUGCGGAACUUCAAGCUGCAACUCAGAAUUUCAGUCCUAGUUGUUGGAUUAAGGGGUCAGUUUACCGUGGUUCAUUCAAUGGGGAUCUAGCUGCAAUCAAGAGGAUAAGUGGAGAUGUAUCAAAGGAAAUUAGUAUAUUGAACAAGAUCAACCAUUUCAAUCUUAUUCGCCUUUCUGGUGUCUGUUUCAACGAUGGAGAUUGGUACCUUGUUUAUGAAUAUGCUGUUAACGGUCAUUUGACUGAAUGGAUAUUUAACAGCAACAAUCAGAAGCUCCUGACAUGGACUCAGAGAAUUCAGAUCGCGUUGGAUGUGGCAACAGGGCUCAACUAUCUGCAUAGCUAUGCGUUCCCUCCUUAUGUUCACAAGGAUAUUAAGAGUGACACAGUUCUUCUUGAUGGUGAUUAUCGAGCCAAAAUAUUUAACUUUGAUCUAGCAAGAUCAGCUAAUGGGGAAGGAGGUCAAUUCGUCUUGACCAGGCAUAUAGUUGGAACAAAAGGUCACAUGGCUCCUGAGUAUCUGGAAAAUGGUAUGGUAUCAACAAAGCUCGACGUUUAUUCAUUUGGGAUUCUUAUGUUAGAGAUGCUCACUGGGAAAGAAGUAGCUUAUUUGUAUGGAGAAAAAGCUGACUUAUCCGAUGUCCUAGGACCAAUUCUAAAUAAAGAAAAUGGCAAAGAGAAUCUAAGCGGCUUCAUUGAUAUCUCUCUCCAGAGGAAUUAUCCAGCUGAACUUGCCUUAUUUAUGGUCAGACUAAUUGCUAACUGCAUCAAGAGUGAUCCGUCAGGUCGCCCCGACAUGAAUGAAAUAGUGCAAAGUCUCUUGAGAAUAUUGAAGACUUCGGUUUCAUGGGAAAGAUCAAUAAGCAUAUCAGAAUAGCAUUAUUUGUGUAUGAUCUUAGUGUUGAAAUAUUUUCUAGGUUUGAUUCUUCUCUAUUGUAUUAUAUUUGUGUGAUUCAUUAUUAAUACAGAUUAUGUUUCUUAUUAAAAGAAAA